GUUAUAUUUUACAAAUGAUAACAUAGGACAUACAGACAUAUAUAUCCGGAUUAAAAACACAACUCCAUGUGAAAUAAGACAGGUCUUUAUGUCGAUACAGGAAGAGAGAGCCAGACGAGCAUGAACAGUUAGUAAAGAAAGCCCAUGAAAAGGCAAUGGAUGGAGCUGUUGAAAUAGUUUUGUGGUUGAGAGAUCGUAAAGGCAUACAUGUUAAUUUAGAAGAUGGUCAUCAAGCUGAGGCAGCCGAUUUAUUUGAAAUUGUUUUAGAACAACGAGGGCUUCCACCAGAGAGUGAAAAUGUUUUCUCUGUAUGGCUGGUAUCACCACUUCUAGAACUUCGAUUAAAGAAUCACCACAAACCAUUCCAGUUAGCCCAGUUGUGGGAUGAUUUCUGUGCUAUGUAUACUGAUUCUAGUGCUGAUGAAAUUACACGAGAUGAACCAGUUGUUAUGUUCCAAAGAAAUGUCUUCCUUACGUUAGAAGAGGAAAUGAAGGCUAUAAGAGGUCAUGGCGAGUAUAAGUCCUCAAAUGAAACCAUUUUGUGUUUACUGUACCAUGAGGCCAAGUUUAAUGUUGCAGAGGGAAGGUAUAUCAUGGAUCAUUCUGACUAUCAUGCAUUAGCAGGAAUCCAGGCUUUGAUACAUCUGGGUCCAUAUGAUCCAAAAAAUCAUGUUCCCUCUCAGUAUAGAGCCAACCUAAGCAAGUAUUACCCUCCACACAUGUAUAAAUUCAAACUACAGCUGUUACACAUUGGUAAGUCAAAAGAACGUCCAUGUGAAGAACUGUUCAUGGAAGCACACAGACAAAUAUCUGCAAAUCACAGAGAUGAAAUCCGUGGUAGUGCUCUAAGAGAUUUGUACAGACAGUAUUUACAGAUAUGUUGGAAGUAUCCAUGCUAUGGGAGUGCCUUCUUUGAGGGAGUGAUAGAGAAACCUUGUCAUAAAGUAAAGAAAGCUAUCUUGGGUUGUCAGCAAACUGAAGUAUUAGUUGCAAUAAAUACAGAUGGAGUUACAGUUACUGAUAAGGAAAAACCAGAAGUCAUUUUGGCAGUACCAUAUGAAGAACUGUCAUGGAAUUUAGAUACAAAUGAAGAUGAAGAUGAUCUAAUACCAUGUUUAUUGGUACAGUUUCUGUGUAAAGCAGGGAGAGAUUGUAAUACUAAAGUGCUACAGAUAUACUCCAGACAGGCCAAACUAAUGGAUGCAUUGAUAGAUUCCUCAGUAAAACGUAAACUCCAGAGGGGUUCAUUACAUGGAAGGGAAGACUAUGGAGAUGGCGGAGGAGAAAUAUACAGGAAUGAAAACUUUUGUAGGAAGGUAGAAAAUAAGAUGGAAAAAAUGUGUCUGACAACAUACUCAUUAGAAGGUACGGAGACAAGAGGGUAAUUAUAAUAGAUGACAGAUGAAAUUACUGCAUAAUAUGAAUUGAAGCACGACAUCUAUGCAUUUCAGCCCCGAUUUGGGUCUAUUGUUACUGUUUAUUUUGACUUUGUACAAGUAGAUAUUACUUAUUGGUAGCUUUACAGACAUAUUAAAUGGUUGUAGAAUGUUAUUUAGACUUAAGAUUUGUUUAUAACAAUAUCCAUUGUUGCUUACUUAGCAUUUCAUCUGUAUAUAAUAUAUUUCAGUCUUUAAAGAGAAGUGAUUCUUCACAUAGGAUGUCCGAGAUGAAUUUAAGAUUGUUGAAAUAAAGGAAAUUUAUCCUAGUUUCUACAUGUUCUAGUAGUAAGGAUUUUUUUUAAUAAUCUGCGUUGUAAUAAAACUAUUUAUUGAAAUAUUUAUAAUUUAGCAGUUGCAAUUUUUAAUGUAUAAAUCAAAAAUAAUUUUAUAAGUCGUGUUUGUUGUGAAAACGUGUUAACUAGCUUAAAGUACAUUAUAUAAUUGUAUGAUAUAUGAAAUGUGAUAUUAAAGAUGGGCACUGAUGGAGAUACUUUCUGUUUAGUUUUUACCUCACAAAUACAAAAUGUAUCACAAGUGAUGAGUGGAUCGUUCCACAACGUCAAAUAAAACAACACAAUUUGAAUAAUAUUUCAUACAAGAAAUAUAUUAAAGAAUAACAUUUUAUUUUACACUUUGUAUCCAACAUAACUUUGAUAUUUUUGUUUUGUUUUGUUAACUUUUGUUUCAUUUGUGCAUAUCAUGUCAAAUAUUUGUUGAUGAGAAUUCUGCAUUAUGUGUCUUUUCCCUUUAGUUUUUGUGAACUAUUCUGUAAUAGAUCUUUUUCUCCAUGAUUUUGUCAUUUUUCAUUUGUGUUUAUAAUACAGAUAAUUAUUUCAGCUAAUUGUUAGUUUGACAUUUUGUAGAUAUUUGAUUUUACAUCAAUAGCUUAAUAAAUUGUAGCCUGACAUAUUUGGUAAACAUACCAUAUUUUGAAACAACAAAUACGAAGAUGUUAUUUUUAUCAUGACCAUUCAGGCUUGUAUUAUACAUAGCAAUAUCUUUCUUCAAUAUGCUUCAAGUCACUGGAGUAGAUUCAAUAUACUGUAAACCAACUUAUUUUCGCGAGCGAUUUAUUUUUGCGACUUUCGCGAGUAGAAAAAUAACGCAAAUAUAAAUCGCCGCAAAUAU